UUUACUGUCUCAUUUUAUCAAACAUGUCCAUCUACUAUUUUUUUAUAUCAAGCAUGCCCCUGUACUUAGAAAUAUGAUCAAACAUGCCAUUCUGUUAAGAUUUCCAUCCAAAAACUGUUAACCACGACCAAACUUUGGUUAGGAUGACACAAAUAUCUAAAAUAUCUAUAAUAAUUUCACUUUGACGAGACCUAGAGAAAUAAAAUAGGGGAUAAAAUUGACAUUUUUCCUCCCAUUUGCCGAUGUCGGGUCGUCUAAAUCUAGAUUCAACCAUGAUUGACGAUUUUUCCAAUGAAAAUUUUAACAAAAUGGCAUGUUUAAUAAUUUUCCAAAGUACCGAGCAUAUUUGAUGUAAAAAAUAGUAGAGGGGCAUGUUUGAUAAAAUGACAUAGUAUAGGGGCAUAUUAUACCUAUAACCCAAAUAUGUAAUAUGUUUAGAAAAUAGAGCAAGUGAUCGAUAUGGUUUUAAUCCCUACUUUCCAUUUACAAUGAAUCAAAUUUUUUGAACUUAAAGGUUUACUUUCUCAUUCAGAUUUAUGAGUUUAUUCAUUAAUAUUGACCAUAUUUCUAAGUCCAUUAACAAUAUAAUAUAUGAGUUUUGCUGCUCUAAGAAGAUAUGCUCAGAUCUCAUGGAAGACUCUUACUAGUAUAUAUGCUUACAUCAUAACUCACUUCUCAUUAUUCCUUCUUUCAUCAACUACUUCCCAUUCCCAAUUGAUUAAUGCAUUAAUCAACCAUAUAAUAUGCCAUUCCCUCAAUACAUGGUCAAGAUAGACAAACUUUAAAGUAUUAAUCAAUUACUCAUCAUCUUCCUUUAACUAUUGGGUGGUGGGGGAUAUAAGAUAUAUAUGCAUUGUCUAUGUGUGUGUACAUAAUCUCAAAAGAAGCUUCAUCUAUAUUGCUGAAUCAUCACAUUUCUACACAAUUCAACCUCUUUUUUCUGUUUUCAAUUCAUUUAAUUGGGAGAUGGAUGGGACUUGACAUCCCACAACUAUUAAUAUAAUGUAAUGAUUCAAAGAUUUGCAACUCAUUUUUUUUAAUUAAGUGCAUUGGGAGAUUGUUACAAAAAAAAAAGUAAAUGAGAAAUGAAUUAAUUAAUGAUAAACCUACCUUCCAGGUGAUUACAUUCCCACCAUAUCUUUUCUUUUUUCUAUGACUUGUGCUAGUUAGUCUUUUUUAUAUUUUAUUUCUACACAAGUGACAAUUUUAAUUAAUUUGAAGAGAUCAGUUGUCUUUUAUUCAAUAUAUUUUGGUUGCACGCCCAUAGAAAUGUUCCACUUGAUCAAGUAUUAAUAUUUUGGAAAGGCUUACCGAAUGAAUACUACUGAGCAUAUAUCUAUAAUCUGAUUCUACAUAACGAAAAUCCCAGCCCUUUCGAAUUUACCUAUAAACCAUGUAUAUUUCAUGUGUUAUGUGGUCAUUUUUGUCGAAUUUUGUCCUUUCAAAAAUCACUGUCGAGAAAAGUUUAGUAGGAGAAUUGUGCGUGCUUCAACACAGAUCAUAUCAAAUAAUGCUGACUAAAUUCUUCCAUGUAUAGAUAUGGUUUCAUCUAUGGCUUAUUGAUUUUUACCCGUAAAUCAAACUUUCAUCGCAUGAAAUUUUGGCUUGCCAAAAGGUAAGCCGACAUCGGUCACUUCUAUUAUUUACUGUUCUCCUCAUACAUUAUCACAAAUUACCGCAACCUUCCAAUGAUAAAACUAAAUCAUUGUCAUCCUGCUUAAUUACCCCCUUAAUCAUAAAAUUAACCACAAUAUAAUCAUUUCUCAAAAAAAAAAAAAAAUCAGUUCGGUUCAGCCAAAUUCACCAUACCUAGGCUGAGCAAGUUUCUUGGAUAAAAAUAUCAUUUUCCUCAACUUGGUGAAGAAGAAUUGUCAGCGGUGGCUUACCCCCUCCAUUACAUUUUGAAUGAAAUCAAUUAACGACAUAAAACAUCAAAGCUAAAAUUAUUGUUUCACUGACACAUUUCGGACUAUAAAUGGCACUUUUUUUUAAACCUUGGAUUAUACAAAUCCUAUUCAUCCUUUGACAAAAGUUCAUUCUGUAAGAUAGGGGUGGCUAUACGGUCCGGUCCGGUUAAAUUGGACCAAAUUGAUCUGGUCCCAGUUCGGUCUUUUCUAAGAUAUAAGGACCAAAGAUUGGAUUGGAUACACUCCGGUCUUGAUCCGGUUCAGUCUUGACCCUGUCCGGUCCCAAUUUGAUUUUGAUUUUAGAUUGAGCUUGUGGGGAUUUGAGUGUUGGGGUCUCUUAUCCGGUCUUUAUCCGGGUUUUUUUACCUCAAAUCUAAGCCCAAAUAUGAGAUUGGAUUGUUUGCUAUCUGGUCCCAGUCUGGUCCCGGUCCGGGUUAUACGGUCCGGUUUCGGGUAAGACCAAACAGUCCUGGACCAAAUUGCCAGCCCUACUGUAAGAUAGGGAUGAGAAUUCAAUCACGGUUUUUCAGACAAACCAGAAACAAGACUGUAUAACCCGGUCCAGUUACAAUCGAAAACCGAAUGCAACCCGAUCUUGUCCAGAUUACGAUAAGAAUUAUACAGAAGAACCAUACCGAUCUUGUCCGGAUUACGGACUCAUUCGCCAUGCAAGGUAGCCUAUUUAAAUAAAUAUAAAUACAUGCGAGACAAAAAACCAUUUUGGGAAGAAACGUGGUAGAAAAAACAAUAUAGUUUAAUUUACAGGAAUAACGAUCAAGAAAGCAAUCAAUAUAGUAUAAUGUUUGCAUGGGUCGGCUUUCCUUUUGAUCUGACUUUUCCUUGCCGUUUAUUCCCUUGAUUAAUGGCAGUUACAUAUUUUGACCCUUUUGUACGUUUUCUUCCUAUUCAUGAUUACAGAGACAAACCUCAACAUUAACAAAGACAUAAUAUUAUUUCCACAAAAUAUUAUUUUUUCAGCACUAGUACUCCUCGUCAAUCAUAGGUACAGGAGCUAUUUCAUAAAAUAGAAAUAAUAAACAAAUUUUUUUUAUGAAAGAAAUAAUAAACAAAUUAUAGGCGCAAGACCUAUGCCUUAAAUCUAGAGUUCUCCCCUAUAUAUAUAUUUCAUAUCCCAACCCUUAUACCAUCAAAAUCCACAAACAAACAAACAAAAUGAAUACGCAAUACUCCUCCACCGUCGAUCACAUUAACAGCAACACCUCCGCCGCCGAAUCCUCCUCCUCCGGCGACACCAACAAGCUCAAGCUCUUCGGGUUCGAGUUCGAGUUCGACCCCAACCCACCCGCCGCCCCGACCCACAACCACUCCCCGGCCGCCGAGGCUGACGAGAGCGUCGACAGCUCCUCCAACACGGUAGCGGCGGCGGCCGGGCCGAACAGAACGACGCCGUCGAGGGGCAAGCUGCGGUGCGAGUACUGCAUGAAGGAGUUCGGGAACUCGCAGGCGCUGGGCGGGCACCAGAACGCGCACAAAAAGGAGAGGAUGAAGAAGAAGCGGCUCCAGCUGCAAGCCAGGCGGGCCACCAUCAGCAGCUUCUACCUUCACGCCCCGACGGCGACCCGGUGGUUCUACGACCCGGCGGCGGCGGCGUGUGAUGAUGAUGUCAUUAAUUAUUGUCAUAGUAACGAGGAGUUCGUGGUGUACGAGGAGUCCGGCCGGCAGAUUAGCUUUAAUGAUGUUGAGAAUGGCAGCGGGUUUACUCUGACGCAUCAUCGUCCCGGCGCCGGUGGGGGUCGGCAGGCGGUGGUGGCCGGCGGUUCGAGGGGGAGAGCUGAUUUGGAUCUUCAGUUGGGGCUGAGGUUACGAUAGGGAUUGUGAUAAUAUAAUUCAUGUGCGGAAAUUGUGAUUAAUCAAAGACGUUAAUUUUUAGAUUAAACGACAUAUAAAGAUGAGUUAGGUGGAACGCGGGAGUAGGGAUGGCAAUCAAACCCAUGGUCGCGGGUAUCCGACCGUCCCCGAUCCAAUCAACGCGGGGAAUCCUCGCAUGGGGCGGGUAUGGGUAAAACCCGCAAACAGUUUGAUGGGUAUGGGGCGGGUAUGGUUUUAGCCUCCUCGCCCCAUACCCAUACCCGCCCCACCAAGAACAUUUCUUCACAUAUAAAAAGUAUAUUGAUUAAAUUGUAAUCUAGCAUUAAUACCGAGGGUAACUCUUGAAAAUAAAUAGUAGAAAUACAAUUGAGUGACCACCCAAAUCAAAACAUAAUUCAUUUCCUCCAAAUCUUCCUUCAUUCUUUGACUUUUUCCCUCAUGUUAACAACUUUAUAGUUGUAAGUUAUUACUUAAUAGAUGUACAAAGUCAGAGAAUAAUGAUUUGGCAUAUAUUUUUACUCUAUCUUAUGGAUUAUUGGAUGUUUUAGAAUAAGAUGCUUAGAAUCGUAUUAAGAAUGAUUGUCUCUUUGUCGACUUUAUGAAAUAGUAGGUGCGUUAAGUAUUACAAUUGAAAUUUUUGUAUGUAAAAUUUUAGCUAUUAUAAUGUUGAUGUACGGGGCGGGUAUUACCCAUGGGUACCCGAAACCCACGGGUAUAGGGAUGGGUUUGCAAAUCCUUCCCCCCCAUGGGUAUGGGUUUGAAUAUUUGAAAGCGGGGAUGAUGAUGGUUUAGGCAAACCCGCCCCAAACCCGCCCCAUUGCCAUCCCUACGCGGGAGUACUACUAUAGCUUCUUGAUUAUAUGAUCGAUAAUUAGUGUUUCACUUUUAGUCUUUUUUAUAUAUUAUUAUUCAGCCUACUUAUUAUGUGAUAUGGGAUGGCCUGCUAACCCGCUAAAGGGUUAGUACGGUGCUAAUUCUAUUAUCUACCGUUAAUAAAAUUUUAACAAUCCUAGGGUGAUAAUUAAUUAAGUGUUUAUCUAAACCCUAAUUAUAUAAUCCUCUUCUAAAAUCUAAACAACCCACUUUCUCAGCCGCAUCUCCUUCCUCGGCCUCUCUCUCUUCUAAAAUCUAAAUAGAGAUUCUUCUUAAUUACUAGUAGUGAUUUAUUGUUAUUUGUCUUCACAUUCCUUUGUAGUAGUGGUUUGCCAGUUGAAUGUUUAAAUUGUAGUGUUUUGACAACCUCUCCGCAACAGAAAAUCACUAGAAUCAAUGGGAAUAGACAUAAUUAUUCCAUGUUCCUAUUAGUAAUCUUGAUUAAAAUUUGUUAGUUCUACUAAUUAAAAUGUGCUCAAUCACUACAAAUAACCAUAAAUCACUACUACAAAUAAUAAAAUCACUACUAUAUAUCAUCAAUUUACUACUACAAAUCAUCAAAUCAAAUGCUACUAAUGCACCGAAUCUCACUAUCCCCUUAAAGUCACUACCACAAACGCGCUAAAUAACUACUAAUAGCUACAAAAUCACUACUACCUUUAAAAUUACCACUGAAAAUCAUAUAAACAUUAAAAAAAUAUUUCGAUUUUGACUUUUCUACUACCAUGAAAACACUACCAUUCUCAAAGAUCCCUUUCACGGUAAAAAAAUGGACACACGUGAUAUAUAUAAAUUGUAAAGAGAGAGGGAGAUACUACGCCUACCAAAUUACUACUACACACCUAAAACAAUAGAGUAAUGUCUUAGCCGCAUGAAUAAUAGUAAUUUUUAGUAGUACUUGAAGAGGUAGUAGUGUUUUCCAUGUAGUUUUUUUAGGUACAGACCGAGACAUGAUGGAAGGGAGGACAGAGAGGAAAAAAUUGUAACCGCAUUCCAUUACAAUUUCCCCCUAAAAAUCAGCAAUAAUUUCAAAAAAAUUAUUUAUUCCGU